GGCGGCCGCACCCCGGCCGCACCCCGCUCUGGGAAGAAACCCACCAGGUGUGGCUUGGGCGCCGGGUGCCAGCGGGGAGGAGACUCGCGACCUGGCCGAUCAACACCAACACCCUACCCUGACCCAGCUCCUCUGCGCCCUCGCCGCCCUCGAAGCCACAGCUCUUCCUCCCGCUCCUACCCCGCGCCAGUCGCCUCCCGGCGCUCACAGCGGUCUGGACGCCCCAGUGGAGAGCCGCAUCCUAGAGACACUUGUGCACUCCUCCCUCCCCCUUUCCUGGUUGUCCGCCUUUCCUCGCGCCCCUCCGCUUUCUCCCUGCCGGCGGCUUCGCUUAUGCCUCGGCGCUGAGCGUCUCUCCUGAGUGCCCGCCGACAUGAGUUGCAACGGAGGCUCCCACCCGCGGAUCAACACGCUGGGCCGCAUGACCCGCGCCGAGUCCGGCCCGGACCUGCGCUACGAAAUGACCUGCGGCGGCGUUGGUGGCGGCGGGGGCGGCGGCGGCGGCGGGGGCACCACCAGCAGGACGUACUACUCGCGGCGCUGCACCGUCGACCAGAACUCGGACGGCUACUGUCAAACGGGUACAAUGUCCAGGCACCAGAAUCAGAACACCAUCCAGGAGCUCCUGCAGAACUGCUCGGAUUGUUUGAUGCGAGCGGAGCUGAUUGUGCAGCCUGAAUUGAAAUAUGGAGAUGGAAUACAGCUGGCUCGGAGUAGAGAACUGGAUGAGUAUUUUGCCCAGGCCAAUGAUCACAUGGAAAUUGCUGACAGCUUGAUCAGAGAGAUGCGGCAGAUGGGCCAGCCCUGUGACGCUUAUCAGAAAAGACUACUUCAGCUCCAAGAGCAGAUGCGAGCUCUUUAUAAGGCCAUCAGUGUCCCUCGAGUCCGCAGGGCCAGCUCCAAGGGUGGUGGAGGAUACACUUGUCAGAGCGGCUCCGGGUGGGAUGAGUUCACCAGGCGUGUCACCAGUGACUGUCUGGGGUGGAUGAAGCAGCAGAGGGCACAGAUGGACCUGGUGGCCUGGGGUGUGGACCUCGCCUCAGUGGAGCAGCACAUCAACAGCCACAGGGGCAUCCACAAUGCCAUUGGAGACUAUCGCUGGCAACUGGACAAAAUCAAAGCUGACCUGCGUGAGAAGUCAGCAAUCUACCAGUUGGAGGAAGAAUAUGAAAACCUGCUGAAAGCGUCCUUUGAGAGAAUGGAUCACCUGCGGCAGCUGCAGAACAUCAUCCAGGCCACGUCCCGGGAGAUCAUGUGGAUCAACGACUGCGAGGAGGAGGAGCUGCUGUACGACUGGAGUGACAGGAACACCAACAUCGCCCAGAAGCAGGAGGCCUUCUCCAUACGCAUGAGUGAACUGGAAGUUAAGGAAAAAGAACUCAAUAAGCUAAAGCAAGAAUGUGACCAACUUGUCCUCAAUCAGCAUCCAGCUUCAGACAAAAUUGAGGCCUAUAUGGAUACUCUGCAGACACAGUGGAGUUGGAUUCUUCAGAUCACCAAAUGCAUUGAUGUUCAUCUCAAAGAAAAUGCUGCCUACUUUCAGUUUUUUGAAGAGGCCCAGUCAACUGAAGCAUACCUGAAGGGGCUUCAAGACUCCAUCAGGAAGAAGUACCCCUGCGACAAGAACAUGCCCCUGCAGCACCUGCUGGAACAGAUCAAGGAGCUGGAGAAAGAACGAGAGAAAAUCCUUGAAUACAAGCGUCAGGUGCAGAAUUUGGUAAACAAGUCCAAGAAGAUUGUACAGCUGAAACCACGCAACCCAGACUACAGAAGCAAUAAACCUAUUAUUCUCAGGGCUCUCUGUGACUAUAAACAAGACCAGAAAAUCGUGCACAAGGGGGAUGAGUGCAUCCUGAAGGACAACAAUGAGCGUAGCAAGUGGUAUGUGACGGGCCCCGGAGGCGUUGACAUGCUCGUUCCCUCUGUCGGGCUGAUUAUUCCUCCUCCAAAUCCACUGGCUGUGGACCUCUCUGGAAAGAUUGAGCAGUACUAUGAAGCCAUCUUGGCUCUGUGGAACCAGCUGUACAUCAACAUGAAGAGCCUGGUGUCCUGGCAUUACUGCAUGAUCGACAUUGAGAAGAUUAGGGCCAUGACCAUUGCCAAGCUGAAAACGAUGCGGCAGGAAGAUUACAUGAAGACAAUAUCUGAUCUUGAGUUACAUUACCAAGAGUUUAUCAGGAAUAGCCAAGGCUCAGAGAUGUUUGGAGACGAUGACAAGCGGAAAAUGCAGUCUCAGUUCACGGACGCCCAGAAGCAUUACCAGACCCUGGUCAUUCAACUCCCUGGCCACCCCCAGCACCAGACAGUAACCACAACUGAAAUCACUCAUCUUGGUACCUGCCAAGAUGUCAACCAUAAUAAAGUAAUCGAAACCAACAGAGAAAAUGACAAGCAAGAAACAUGGAUGCUGAUGGAGCUCCAGAAGAUUCGCAGGCAGAUGGAGCACUGUGAGGGCAGGAUGUCUCUAAAAAACCUCCUCCUAACAGACCAGGGGUCUUCACACCACAUCACAGUGAAAAUAAACGAGCUCAAGAGUGUGCAGAAUGAUUCACACGGAAUUGCUACAGUUCUCAACCAGCUUAAAGAUAUGCUUGCUAACUUCAGAGGUUCUGAAAAAUAUUGCUAUUUGCAGAAUGAGAUAUUUGGACUGUUUCAGAAACUGGAAAAUAUCAAUGGUGUUACAGAUGGCUACUUAAAUAGCCUAUGCACAGUCCGGGCCCUACUCCAAGCCAUUCUCCAAACAGAAGACAUGUUAAAGGUUUAUGAAGCCAGACUCACUGAAGAAGAAACCGUCUGCCUGGACCUGGAUAAAGUGGAAGCUUACCGCUGUGGACUAAGGAAAAUAAAAAAUGACCUGAACUUGAAGAAGUCGUUGUUGGCCACUAUGAAGACAGAACUGCAGAAAGCCCAGCAGAUCCACUCUCAGACUUCACAGCAGUAUCCGCUUUAUGACCUGGAUCUGGGCAAGUUCAGUGAAAAAGUCACACAGCUGACAGAUCGCUGGCAAAGGAUAGAUAAACAGAUAGACUACAGAUUAUGGGAUCUGGAAAAACAAAUCAAGCAACUCAGGAAUUAUCGUGAUAACUAUCAGGCUUUCUGCAAGUGGCUCUAUGAUGCCAAACGCCGCCAGGAUUCCUUAGAAUCCAUGAAAUUUGGUGAUUCCAACACCGUCAUGAGAUUUUUGAAUGACCAAAAGAACUUGCACAAUGAAAUAUCUGGCAAACGAGACAAAUCAGAAGAAGUACAAAAAAUUGCUGAACUUUGUGCAAAUUCAAUAAAGGAUUAUGAGCUCCAGCUGGCAUCAUAUACCUCAGGACUGGAGACUCUACUCAGCAUACCUAUCAAGAGAACCAUGGUCCAGUCCCCUUCUGGGGUGAUUCUGCAAGAGGCUGCAGAUAUUCAUGCUCGGUACAUAGAACUACUUACGAGGUCUGGAGACUAUUACAGAUUCUUAAGUGAGAUGCUAAAGAGUUUGGAAGAUCUGAAGCUGAAAAAUACCAAAAUUGAAGUUUUGGAAGAGGAGCUCAGACUGGCCCGAGAUGCCAACUCGGAAAACUGCAACAAGAACAAAUUCCUGGAUCAGAACCUGCAGAAAUACCAGGCAGAGUGUUCCCAGUUCAAAGCCAAGCUUGUCAGCCUGGAGGAGCUGAAGAGACAGGCUGAGCUGGAUGGGAAGUCGGCUAAGCAAAAUCUAGACAAGUGCUAUGGCCAAAUAAAAGAACUCAACGAGAAGAUCACCCGGCUGACGUACGAGAUCGAAGACGAAAAGAGAAGACGGAAAUCUGUGGAAGACAGGUUUGACCAACAGAAGAGUGACUACGACCAACUGCAGAAAGCAAGGCAAUGUGAAAAGGAGAGCCUCGGCUGGCAGAAGUUAGAGUCUGAGAAAGCCAUCAAGGAGAAGGAGUUUGAGAUAGAAAGGUUGAGGGUUCUUCUGCAGGAGGAGGGAGCCCGGAAGAGAGAAUAUGAAAAUGAGCUGGCAAAGGUAAGAAACCACUAUAAUGAGGAGAUGAGUAAUUUAAGGAACAAGUAUGAAAAAGAGAUUAACAUUACGAAGACCACCAUCAAGGAAAUAUCCAUGCAAAAGGAGGAUGAUUCCAAAAAUCUUAGAAACCAGCUUGACAAACUGUGCAGGGAAAAUCGAGAUCUGAAGGAUGAAAUUGUCAGGCUCAAUGACAGCAUCUUGCAGGCCACCGAACAGCGAAGGCGGGCUGAGGAAAAUGCCCUUCAGCAGAAGGCCUGCGGCUCCGAGAUGAUGCAGAAGAAGCAGCAUCUGGAGAUAGAGCUGAAGCAGGUCAUCCAGCAGCGCUCAGAGGAUAACGCGCGGCACAAGCAGUCGCUGGAGGAGGCUGCCAAGACCAUUCAGGACAAAAACAAGGAGAUCGAAAGACUCAAAGCUGAGUUUCAGGAGGAGGCCAGGCGCCGCUGGGAAUACGAAAAUGAACUGAGCAAGGUAAGAAACAGUUACGAUGAGGAGAUCAUUAGCUUAAAAAACCAGUUCGAGACGGAGGUCAACAUCAGCAAGACCACCAUUCACCAGCUCACCCUGCAGAAGGAUGAGGACACCAGCAACUACCGAGCCCAGAUAGACUGUCUCACCAGAGAGAACAGGAGUUUAUCUGAAGAAAUAGAGAGGCUGAAGAACACUUUAACUCAGACCACAGAAAAUCUCAGGAGGGUGGAAGAAAAUGUCCAACAGCAAAAGGCCACUGGCUCCGAGGUGUCUCAGAGAAAACAGCAGCUGGAGAUUGAGCUGAGGCAGGUCACUCAGAUGCGAACAGAAGAGACCGUGAGAUAUAAGCAGUCUCUUGAUGAUGCUGCCAAAACCAUCCAGGAUAAAAACAAGGAGAUAGAAAGGUUAAAGCAACUGAUCGAUAAAGAAACAAACGAACGGAAGUGCCUGGAAGAUGAAAACGUGAAGUUACAGAGGGCCCAGUAUGACCUGCAGAAAGCAAACAGCAGUGCAACCGAGACAAUAAACAAACUGAAGGGUCAGGAGCAAGAACUGACGCGCCUGAGAAUUGACUACGAAAGGGUUUUCCAGGAGAGGACCGUGAGGGACCAGGACAUCACGCGAUUCCAGAGCUCUCUGAAAGAGCUGCAGUUGCAGAAGCAGAAAGUGGAAGAGGAGCUGAAUAGGCUGAAAAGGACAGCCUCCGAAGACUCCAGCAAGAGGAAGAAGCUGGAGGAGGAGCUGGAAGGCAUGAGGAGGUCACUGAAGGAGCAGGCCAUCAAAAUCACUGGCCUGACCCAGCAGCUGGAGCAGGCAUCCAUUGUCAAGAAGAGGAGCGAGGACGAUCUCCGCCAGCAGAGGGACGUCCUGGAGGGCCACCUGAGGGAGAAGCAGAGGACCCAGGAAGAGCUGAGGAGGCUCUCCGCUGAGGUUGAGGCCCUCAGUCGGCAGUUGCUCCAGGAACAGGAAAAUGUCAAGCAGGCACACUUGAGGAAUGAGCAUUUCCAGAAGGCCAUAGAAGAUAAGAGCAGAAGCUUAAAUGAAAGCAAAAUAGAAAUUGAGAGGCUGCAGUCUCUCACGGAGAACCUGACCAAGGAGCACUUGAUGUUGGAGGAAGAACUGCGGAACCUGAGGCUGGAGUAUGACGAGCUGAGGAGGGGCCGAAGUGAAGCUGAUAGCGAUAAAAACGCAACCAUCUCUGAACUAAGGAGCCAGCUGCAGAUCAGCAACAACCGGACCCUGGAACUGCAGGGGCUGAUUAAUGAUUUACAGAGAGAGAGGGAAAAUUUGAGACAGGAAAUUGAGAAAUUCCAAAAGCAGGCUUUAGAGGCAUCUAAUAGGAUCCAGGAAUCAAAGAGUCAGUGCACACAGGUGGUACAGGAAAGAGAGAGCCUUCUGGUGAAAAUCAAAGUCUUGGAGCAAGACAAAGCCAGGCUGCAGAGGCUGGAGGAUGAGCUGAAUCGUGCAAAAGCAACUCUCGAGGCAGAAAGCAGGGCGAAGCAGCGGCUGGAGUGUGAGAAGCAGCAAAUCCAGAAUGACUUGAAUCAGUGGAAAACUCAAUAUUCUCGCAAGGAGGAGGCUAUCAGGAAGAUAGAGACAGAGAGAGAAAAGAGUGAGAGAGAGAAGAACAGCCUCAGGAGUGAGAUUGAAAGACUCCAAGCGGAGAUCAAGAGGAUUGAAGAGAGGUGCAGGCGCAAGUUGGAGGAUUCCAGCAGGGAGACACAGUCGCAGCUGGAAACAGAACGCUGCCGACUUCAGAGAGAGAUCGAGAAGCUCAGACAGCGCCCGUACGGGUCCCACCGGGAGACCCAGACUGAGUAUGAGUGGACCGUCGACUCCUCCAAGCUGGUGUUUGAUGGGCUGAGGAAGAAGGUGACAGCCAUGCAGCUCUAUGAGUGCCAGCUGAUCGACAAAACGACCUUGGACAAACUGUUGAAGGGGAAGAAGUCAGUGGAAGAAGUUGCUUCUGAAAUUCAGCCUUUCCUUCGGGGUGCGGGAGCCAUUGCUGGAGCGUCUGCUUCUCCUAAGGAAAAAUACUCUUUGGUAGAGGCCAAGAGAAAAAAAUUAAUCACCCCAGAAUCUACAGUCAUGCUUCUGGAGGCCCAAGCAGCUACAGGUGGUGUGAUCGAUCCCCAUCGGAAUGAGAAGCUGACUGUCGACAGUGCCAUAGCUCGGGACCUCAUCGACUUCGAUGACCGCCAGCAGAUAUAUACAGCAGAAAAAGCUAUCACUGGUUUUGAUGAUCCAUUUUCAGGCAAGACAGUAUCUGUUUCAGAAGCCAUUAAGAAGAAUUUGAUUGAUAGAGAAACUGGAAUGCGCUUGCUGGAAGCCCAGCUUGCGUCAGGGGGUGUAGUAGACCCUGUGAACAGUGUCUUUUUGCCAAAAGAUGUCGCCUUGGCCCGUGGGCUGAUUGAUAGAGAUUUGUAUAGGUCCCUGAAUGAUCCCCGAGAUAGUCAGAAAAACUUUGUGGAUCCAGUUACCAAAAAGAAGGUCAGUUACAUGCAGCUGAAGGAGCGGUGCAGAAUCGAACCACACACUGGUCUGCUCUUGCUGACGGUACAGAAGAGAAGCAUGUCCUUCCAAGGAAUCAGACAACCUGUGACUGUUACUGAGCUAGUAGAUUCUGGUAUAUUGAGACCAUCCACUGUCAAUGAACUGGAAUCAGGUCAAAUUUCUUACGAUGAGGUCGGUGAGAGAAUUAAGGACUUCCUCCAGGGUUCAAGCUGCAUAGCAGGCAUAUAUGAUGAGACCACAAAACGGAAGCUUGGCAUUUAUGAGGCCAUGAAGAUUGGCUUGGUCCGACCUGGUACUGCUCUGGAGUUGCUGGAAGCCCAAGCAGCUACUGGCUUUAUAGUGGAUCCUGUUAGCAACUUGAGGUUACCGGUGGAGGAAGCCUACAAAAGAGGUCUGGUGGGCAUUGAGUUCAAAGAGAAGCUCCUGUCUGCGGAACGAGCUGUCACUGGCUAUAAUGAUCCUGAAACAGGAAACAUCAUCUCUUUGUUCCAAGCCAUGAACAAAGAACUCAUUGAAAAGGGCCAUGGCAUUCGCUUAUUGGAAGCACAGAUCGCAACUGGUGGGAUCAUUGACCCGAAAGAGAGCCAUCGUUUACCAGUUGACAUGGCAUACAAGAGGGGCUAUUUCAAUGAGGAGCUCAGUGAGAUUCUCUCAGAUCCAAGUGAUGAUACGAAAGGAUUUUUUGACCCCAACACUGAAGAAAACCUUACCUAUCUACAACUAAAAGAAAGAUGCAUUAAGGAUGAGGAAACGGGGCUCUGUCUUCUGCCCCUGAAAGAAAAGAAGAAACAGGUGCAGACAUCACAAAAGAAUACACUCAGGAAGCGCAGAGUGGUUAUAGUUGACCCGGAAACCAAUAAGGAGAUGUCUGUUCAGGAGGCCUACAAGAAGGGCCUUAUCGAUUAUGAUACCUUCAAAGAACUGUGUGAGCAGGAAUGUGAGUGGGAAGAAAUAACCAUCACAGGAUCAGAUGGCUCCACCAGAGUGGUCCUAGUGGAUAGGAAAACAGGCAGUCAGUAUGAUAUUCAAGAUGCUAUUGACAAGGGCCUUGUUGAUAGGAAGUUCUUUGAACAGUACCGAUCCGGCAGCCUCAGCCUCACUCAGUUUGCUGACAUGAUCUCCUUGAAAAAUGGUGUGGGCAGUAGCGGUGGCCUGAGUGGUAGUGUUAGUGAUGAUGUGUUCAGCAGCUCACGACAUGAUUCAGUAAGUAAGAUUACUACCAUAUCCAGCAUGAGGAAUUUAACCAUCAGGAGCAGCUCUCUGUCUGACCCCCUGGAAGAAUCUACCCCCAUUGCAGCCAUCUUUGACACUGAAAACCUUGAGAAAAUCUCCAUUACAGAAGGUAUAGAGAGGGGCAUCGUGGAUAGCAUCACUGGUCAGAGGCUUCUGGAGGCUCAGGCCUGCACAGGUGGCAUUAUCCACCCUGCCACAGGUCAGAAGCUGUUGCUUCAGGAUGCGGUUUCCCAGGGUCUGAUUGACCAAGAUAUGGCCACCAGGCUGAAGCCUGCUCAGAAAGCCUUCAUUGGCUUUGAGGGCGUGAAGGGAAAGAAGAAGAUGUCAGCGGCGGAGGCAGUAAAAGAGAAAUGGCUCCCCUAUGAGGCUGGCCAGCGCUUCCUGGAGUUCCAGUAUCUCACAGGAGGCCUUGUUGACCCUGAAGGGCAGGGGAGGAUAAGCAUGGAAGAAGCCAUCAGAAAGGGGUUUAUUGAUGGCCGAGCAGCACAGAGGCUGCAAGACACCAGCAGCUAUGCCAAAAUCCUGACCUGCCCUAAAACCAAGUUAAAAAUAUCCUAUAAAGAUGCCGUGAAUCGCUCCAUGGUUGAAGACAUCACUGGGUUGCGCCUUCUGGAAGCCGCCUCUGUGUCAUCCAAGGGCUUACCCAGCCCUUAUAACAUGUCUUCAGCCCCAGGCUCCCGCUCAGGCUCCCGCUCUGGCUCCCGCUCAGGAUCUCGCUCUGGUUCCCGCAGUGGGUCCCGGAGGGGAAGCUUUGAUGCCACUGGGAAUUCUUCCUACUCUUACUCCUAUUCAUUCAGCAGUAGCUCUAUCGGGCGCUAGUAGUCAGUUGGGAAGGGUUGCUAUACCUUGGUUUCUUUUAUACGAAUCUCCACUUUAUUAAACAAUAAAAAUGAAAACCUGUAGUUUGCAGUAUAGUAAUAGAACACUUUUUGCUUACAGAAAAACAUAGGCACGUUGAAAUCAAAUAGCAAAGGCUGUUCUGGCUUCUUAGCUCGUUUUAACUAGGGUAGUACACUUGGAUGAAGUGUGCAUGAAGUGCUAAUCACUUGUAAGGAUAGAACGAAUUGAACUUAGAGGUUGUUUCUUCUCUUCUGUAUUUAGAUAUUUGAUUAAUUCAUCAACUUUGGGGGGCCUAUAAUACAGAUUUCUGUUAUUGGAGAUAAAAAUUAAAUUGAUCACUGAUAUUUUAAUCUUUCUAUUUCUUAUCUAAAUAUAUCUAUUUUCUGUAUUAGGAAAAUAUUACCUGCCCUCCUCCACCCUCCCCCCCCACAAAAAAAAAUCCCACCCCAAAUACAAGGAUUUUGGAAUGUGUCCCCUUUAGUUUUAGAAUGUGGAUUGUGUAACUCAUAUACUCUUUAAUGUACCUGUUUGGUUUGGUAUUAAUUUGACUAUGUGCAUGAUAACAGCAAUCUUUGCUUUUCUUUGGCCAAAGUUUUCUGUUUAUUUUGCUUGUCAUUUUCUAUGUACUUUUAAAAGGUAUCUUUAUGAAGUUUGCUAUUCUGGCAAUAAACUUUUAGACUUUUGAA